GACCCUCCUCUCAACCUAGACAGAUUACUCUCUACACCCAUCUAGUCUAGACUUUUGCCCAUUAGUAGCAGCCCACGUAGCUAGCCCAACACUUGGUUGUGGCCCAUGACCCAUGUAUCUCCUCUAGCUUAUAUGCUGUACUGAAGACUAUUGUCGGUCAUGUUUUGAAUGAUGAAUGAAUUCUAGUCUUUUCUUCCUUUUUAAUCUGUUAUCUCUUGAGUGACCUCAACAUCUGGUAUCCAGAGCCAGCAACGAUGCCUUCUAGGGGCCUGCAACAAAGCCAGCCCUCCGAACCAAUCUCCGGCCAAGUAGUCCCAGCCCUCCCACCCAUUCCACCCAACCCAACCACACAAAUAGCUUCAUCCUCCUUCCAACCAGAUGACCCCUCUCAGCUUCAAAUGGCAGAGUUCCAAAACUCGAUAGAGCUGCUCCAACACCAAACUGAGGAACUACACCACUCUUUAGACUCACACACCCAAAAUUUGACUCAAAACCAAGCAGCCUUCCAAGAUCAUAUUUCGGCACAGCUCGCAGUCCUCCAAAGCACCAUCCUACAAUCCCUCAUUCCACAGCCACAUCCCACUUCCUCCACCACUUCUACGGUACCUCCAUCACCAGCCAUCACUUUUGGGUCGCUCGGCCCCAUCACCACCACAUGGACAGGUCUAGGUCUCUCUAAUCCACCUCACCUCUUGCCUCAACCGCCACAACAACAAGGGCUGUCCACUCCCACCCACACUCUUUCUUCCCCUCCACCAGCAUCCAACAGCCUCAUUCCCUUCUCCACACCACCACCCAUUUUCUCCACCAUUACAUCCAUACCUCAACCCUCACUCACCCCGCCAACUUCCGGCAUUCCGGCCUCCUCAUCUCCCUUCACCCCCAACCGCUUCCACCACCACAACCCCCGCCAGUUAGAUUAUCAUCCAUUCCGACCCCCGAAAAUUGACUUACCUCGAUUCGAAGGGCACGAUGUGGUGGGGUGGCUAGCCAUGGCCGAACGCUACCUCCGCGCACUCCAAGUUCCACCACACGAACGGGUUACUGCUAUGGCCUCUCACUUUGGCCCCGGCCCUUCGAUGUGGAUGAAUGCGUUCGAGCAGCGGAAUCCGGCAACUACCUGGGAGCUCUUCAUUCCGGAAUUCCUCGAGCAUUUUGGAUCCAGCAGCGUUGCUGACCUCAAAGCCCGACUCUCCCACCUGCAACACACUGGAUCAGUAGAGGAUUUCAUCUCAGAUUUCACGAAGCUCUCAUGUCGGACACCGGAAUGGAACGACAAUGAGCUCCUACCCAUCUUUUGCGGUGGCCUGAAAUCCGAAAUCCGGCAUGACGUCAUGGCGUUAGAUCCGAAGUCGCUGACACAAGCCCAACGUCUAGCACGAUGUUUCGAGGCCAAGCUCAGUGACAUCAGAGCUUCUGCACCUCGACUACAGCGACCGUACCAUGGGUCGUAUUCACAAAGGUAUCCUGCUGGCACCAAUUUGUUUUCUUCCUCCACUCCAAACCAAAAUACACAUUCCCACCCCACUACCCAUCUGUCUCCCCAUAACCCAACUCCCAACACCCUGCACCACAAUCAGAGAGCCCCACCCUCUACACCUUUCAAACGUUUAUCACCUAUUGAGCAAAAAGAACGUCGUGCCAAAAAUCUCUGUUUCAACUGCGAUGAGCAGUACUCUGCAUCCCAUGUAUGCAAGAAACCUUUUCUGGCCAUACUUGAGGCCCCGUCCACAUCAGUCCUCGAGGAACCCAUCGAGUUUCACGACUGUUCUGCCAAUCUUGAAGACCAAACCACCGAAGCCACUGAUUUCCUCCCACUACAUGCCAUCACCAACUCCAACAUAGGAGAGGUGAUGCGGCUCAUGGGUCCAUCCACCACAUACCCAUUCGGGUCUUCAUCGAUUGCGGUUCGGCAACCAAUUUCCUCAAUCCAGUCAUCGCCCAUCAGUUGGGUCUUCCGAUUUCAAGCGCCACUUCCUUGAAAUUCACUGCGGCCGGAGGCCAUUCUCUGACUC